UGAGUGUGGAAAAGGGAGAGUCACAGGGAGAGCAGCAGAUGGACCACUGCUCAGCCUGCAACACACUUACAAAGGACAGACUGUAUAUGUGUCAGUGUGUGUGUCUGUGUAUUUGUGUAUGCAUGCACAACAGAAGCUGUGUGUAGGAGAAUGGUUGUGAGUUAGGGAGCGUCUUGUCCUCUAAAAUUGGAUGCAGGGAGCAAUAAUCCUCUUGAGAUAAAAAGGAUACAGACAAGUGAACAGGAGACGGAAGAGGGAGCACUUUUGCUCUUCACACUUGGCCUGCUUUCACCAGCAGGUGCAAGCCCAGCAAUCUACUGUAGUAGCCUGUUAUCAAUGCACUUGUUAGGAGUAGCUCGAUAAAUGCUACCGGGGCAGCAGGACGUUUUCUUUCGUUUGAUUUUAAUGAAGACAAGAACUGCAUCUUUUCAAGGGUAGAAAAGUGAGCCGGGGUUCAUAGGGACUUUUGGAAGCACAGAGAGAGGGAUUCUCUAUGGUGAAGAUGAGUCUGGACCCUGUGCAGGUGUUGAGUGGACAGGCCAAGGAACUCAAAGUUGCCCCUUCAUCCAAUGGGGACAGCAGAGGAUCAUGGGAAGAGAAAGAAGAGUUCGAUCAGGACAACUUGGGCCUCACGACCAAGCCAAAACCAGUGACAGGAAGACGAUCCCGGAAGGUGGAAGGGGGCGUGUUCUUCCCAAAACCAGAGAACGCAGUGACUAUCGCUGUCUCCACUCGAGUCUUGUUCCGGACCGACCGGGAGCAGAAGGUGUUUGAGCAGAAAGGAGUGGAGGAGUAUCUGAGAUACCAGAUCGAACAUGAGAACGAACCUUUCGCCCCUGGGCCUGCGUUCCCCUUCGUAAAGGCUCUGGAGGCCGUAAACACUCGUCUGCGGGAGCUGUACCCACAAAGUGAAGAACUGUUUGACAUCGUUUUGGUGACCUACAACCACGCACACGUAGGGAUCCGACUCAUCAACACCAUCAACCAUCACAACUUGUUCAUCGAGAGGUUUUGUAUGACCGGGGGCAGCAGUCCCAUCGGCUACCUGAAGGCCUGGCAUACCAACCUCUACCUGUCUGCUGACUCGGACAAAGUCAGGGAGGCGCUCGCUGAAGGCAUUGCAGCAGCCACAAUGUUUUCGCCUGAGAAGCAGACGGAGGUAUCCGAGUCUCAGCUCAGGGUAGCAUUUGAUGGUGAUGCUGUCCUCUUCUCUGAUGAAUCUGAGCGAAUCUUCAAGGCCCACGGGCUGGACAAGUUCUUUGAACACGAGCGGGACAAUGAAGACACACUCCUCGAUCAUGGUCCGCUGAAGGGCUUCCUGGAGGCUCUGGGGAAGCUGCAGAAUAAGUUUUACGCUAAAGGCCAGCGCCUGGACUGUCCCAUCCGGACAUACCUGGUCACAGCUCGCAGCGCAGCCAGCUCUGGGAUCCGGGCGCUGAAGACACUCAGAGCCUGGGGCCUGGAGAUCGAUGAGGCCUUGUUUCUCGCAGGGGCACCAAAGGGCCCCAUGCUGGAGAAGAUCAGGCCGCACAUCUACUUCGAUGAUCAGAUGUUUCAUGUGGAGGGAGCGGCUGAGAUGGGAACCAUUGCUGCUCAUGUGCCGUAUGGCAUCGCACAAAAACAUAAUGCUAAGAAAAACACCAGUGUUGACAAGUAGACAGCAAGACUACAGAUGCUGCUGGGGCAGUCUGAGCAGGAGGACUGAACCAGGAGGACUGAACCAGGAGGAGAAACAUUUUAGAGAAGAGUGAAGUUGAGAGGUUUCAGAAGCUGAAUUGUACGUGGAAAUGCAUCAUUUUCACUCCAGAGCUGUUUUGUAAGUUUGUUUAUCCCGAUGUAAACGUCUCAGCUCAUGCUGACAUACAAGGGGUCAGUCAAGUAGAGGUCCGGAACCUGAGAUGACCUGGAUGCAAAAUACCCCCUGCUUCACAUUUCAUAAUGUAAUCCAUAACAAAGGCUUUAGUUGAAUAUGACUUUAUAUGAUAAUUAACAGGGGGCUUCAUGGAUGUGAUGAUCUGUCAUUACUGCCUGUCCUCAUGAAGACUCCUCUUUGGUGGAUGUGACUGAAUGAAACUGUAAAGAGAUGUCACUGUAUGUUGUUGAUGAGGGAGCCACUCACAGAAUGUAGGGAUGUUAACGUGCAGCUUGCAGGUAAGAGACCUCCGUGAAUCAAUGUGGAGAAAAAUCAUUAAAGGUUUUUAUUUCAUGAAAUUCA